UAACAUUUUAUACAAAACAAAAUCCGAAAGCUAAACCUUGUAUGUUUAUAUAUUAACGUGUUGUUAACAACUUAGUGAGUUGUCCUAAAAUAGUUCUCAACAACUUGAGGAUUGCCAAUAUAAAGCUCAAUUGUUCCCCUUAUUUUCUCCAUCUAUCAUAGUCUUUCUUUCUUUUUGACAAUGGUGUCUUGGCAUUUAGUUCUUAAACUCAACCUUUUGCUGCUAAUCUUGACUCCACCAUCAUUGGAAAGUGCUCGGCUGUCAUGCCAACUAAAAGGGUCGUGCUCAGUUAAUGACGAGAUACAAGGAGAAAAGGAUAGUACAACAUGGGCGGUUCUUGUGGCUGGUUCAAAUGGGUACUAUAAUUAUAGACAUCAGGCUGAUAUCUGUCACGCGUAUCAAAUACUAAAAAGAGGAGGUUUAAAAGACGAGAAUAUCAUAGUAUUCAUGUAUGAUGAUAUUGCAAACCAUGAGAGUAACCCGAAGCCCGGGGUUAUUAUCAACAAUCCUAAAGGUCAUGAUGUCUAUGCUGGAGUGCCUAAGGAUUACACUGGGGAUAAUGUGACAUCAGCCAAUCUCUAUGCUGUGUUGCUUGGUGACAAAGAAUCUGUUAAAGGCGGAAGCGGGAAGGUCGUUGAUAGUAAACCAAAUGAUAGGAUCUUCGUAUAUUACUCGGAUCAUGGAGGCCCCGGAACACUUGGAAUGCCAAACUUGCCCAAUGUUUAUGCAAAGGACUUCAUAGAGGUUUUGGAAAAGAAACAUGCUGCUGGGACAUACAAAGAAAUGGUUAUUUAUGUUGAAUCUUGUGAGAGUGGGAGUAUCUUCGAAGGUUUGUUGAAAGAAAAUAUGAACAUUUAUGUCACCACAGCUUCAAACGCGGACGAAAACAGUUGGGGAACUUAUUGCCCCGAUAUGGAUCCUCCUCCUCCACCCGAAUAUGACACUUGUUUGGGUGAUUUGUAUAGCGUUGCUUGGAUGGAAGAUAGUGACCAACAAGAUACCAAGGGAGAAACAUUAGAGCAACAAUACAAAAAGGUAAAAGUGAGGACUUACAAUCACAACAGCUCUCAAGGAUCCCAUGUGAUGGAGUAUGGUACUAAAGACAUUAGGGUGGAGAGCAUUUCCCUUUAUCAAGGUUUCGGUGCAUCUACAGUAGCUGAUAACGUGCUUAUUAAUGGCACCCCUAUGGGUGUCGUAAACCAAAGAGAUGCAGAUCUUGUGUUCUUCCAGCGGAAGUAUGACAAAAUGAUCGAUGGGUCACAAGAAAAGGCAGACAUGCUAAAGCAGAUUAAUGACAUAAAGAAUCAUCGUUCACAUUUGGAUAGUAGUGUGGAUGCGAUUGGGGCGCAACUAUUUGGCUCGAGCACUGGUUUUAUGAUCCUCAACUCUCUUCGGGCUCAAGGGAAGCCAGUUGUAGAUGAUUGGGGAUGCCUAAAGUCCAUGGUUCGAGUGUUUGAGACGCAUUGUGGUGCGCUGACGGAAUACGGGAUGAAACACAUGCGGGCGUUUGCCAACAUUUGUAACAACAAGGUUACCGAGGCCGCAAUGGCUGCGGCCUCGGCAGAUGUUUGUGGCGAACAUGAUGUUGGGCAGUGGAGUCCUUUGAAGAUGGGAUAUAGUGCAUGAUUAAAGACAAUUGUGCUCCAAAGAAAACAAGUUGUGCAUACUAGUGUCUAAACUUGCAAUUUGAAUAAUAAUGGUAGUCUAAAAUCUCCAUAGUUUCCUUUUGAUUUGUAAAUAAAGGUUUCUUAAAUUACAAAGUGUUUUAUCGAUCAUUGUGCUACCAAAACAAUGUUAUUUGUUUUA